AUGGAGGAAGGACGAAGUGGAAGCGAAUUGCAUUGCUCAUCGGGAAUGAAAGUGGAAUGGGUGGAAAUUGUGGAACCGCAGACACGGCAAUAUAUGUAUGCAAAUUUACGAACGGGUCAAUGUGCUUGGGAGCCACCAACUGGUGUACCAGUGAAGAAGACUGCAAGCAAUCAAUGGUGGGAAUUAUUUGAUACCAAUUCACAACGGUUCUACUAUUACAAUGCUACUACUAUGCAAACGGUAUGGCAGAAACCAGCAAAUUGUGAUAUUAUACCACUUGCGAAACUUCAGACCCUCAAAGAAAAUACCGAACUUCAUUCCAAUUUGGAGCAUGAUGAUGAGUGUCCAGUGUUUGAAAGAACAAUGACAACUAAACGAAAUACUGAAACGCAAACAUCACCGAAAGAAGAAAGGAGAUCCGGUAGCAGCCGUAGUUUAUCCCAUACAAUUUUUGCCCAAAAUAUUUCACCUGAAUCAGGAAUUGUAACAAGAAGACUCAAUUCACCACAUACAUCCAUUUCAAGGAAGGCAUAUAAUAAAUCAUCCUCUUCAGUGCAAGUUUCGCAUGGUUAUAUUGCACCGCUAGUUAAUACUGUUCAGGAUAUGCGUAUAUACUCAAAUCGAGAAUGCCUACCGCGAAAUGUUCCUGCUAUGCCAGUUGCUUCGUAUAUUCCUCGUGAUGACUCACUGGAAGGUCAUUCAACACCUCUGCACCGUCCGCAAAUCGUUAUGUCGACUCGUACAGCAUCAUCUGCUUCAACCAAUAUUAUGCCAUCAAUUAUUCAAUCUUCAGCUGGUAGUUCCAGCUCAUCACUUACAAUAAGCAGUAGUCGUCUUCCCCUUGAUGAUGGUGCAACACUGAAAAAAUGUCACAAUUCAACAUCAAGCCCAAAAGUUCGUGAAUUUAAUGACGCCACUCUUGGAGCAUCAGAUUGCUGGACUAAAGAAUCCAUCAAACAACCCGUUUCGGGCAAUAUGGAUGACAAGCAUGUGAAAAAAGAAGCACCAAAUAUGUUUAAAGUUAUCCAGAGCUAUAUGGGUGACCGGAAAAGUAAAACGUCCAUUGAUCAGCUGGCCUUAACACUAUGUGAAUGGGGUAUUUCAAAGGAAGGUUUGGCCGAUGAACUUUUUUGUCAAAUUAUGAAGCAGUUGACGGGCAAUGAGAGAUUUGACUCGAUACGAAGAGGAUGGGAAUUGCUUGCUAUUUUUCUGUCUUUUUUCUCGCCGUCAAAUUCGGAAAUAGCUCAGAAAUUGACUGAAUUUAUUGAAGCAAAUUCUGAUCGAUUAUUGGAUAUGCCCGAGGUGCCCGUCUCACAUUACGCUAUACAGUGCAGCAGACGUCUCGUGCGUUUAUCGGCUACACGACCAAAACCGUCGCUUAGUCUUAUUCAGGAAUCUCGUGUACAUAUUUUUAACCCACCGCAAUUUUGUACUCCUCUGGAAGAACUGAUGGAAAUGCAAGCGGAAAAGUAUCCAGAAAGAAUCUUGCCUUGGCUCGAAACAACCUUGAUAGAUUUGAUAUUAUCGGCAGAUGGACAACAUACUGAAGGUGUUUUCCGUGUACCAGCGGAUCCAGAUCAUGUUCAUACAGCACGAUUGCGUCUUGAUCGAGGACUUAUUCCGGUUGUGCGUGAUGCGCAUGUUCCAGCAGCGUUAUUAAAAUUGUGGUUACGUUCAUUGCCAGAACCACUACUGCCGGAUGCUUUUUAUCUACGUUGUUUAGCAGUAUGUGAUCAACCUGAAGAAGCAUGUCGUAUAGCUGAGUUGUUACCUGCUGUAAAUCGUCUAGUCUUAGCAAAAUUACUCGAACUUCUCCAGUUACUCGCAGAAGAAGAAACAGUGAAAUAUACAAAGAUGGAUGUAUGUAAUUUAGCGAUGGUAAUGGCACCCAAUGUAUUACGAUGUGGUAGUGAUGAUCCACGUGUUAUUUUUGAUAAUGCGCGACGAGAAAUGACGUUUCUAAAAACACUUAUUUUGCAUUAUGAUACUUCCUUUAUACGCUCUGUUUCCUAA